UUGAAAAUGAAAUAAACAAUGUAUAAAUAGAAGUUGUUGGAAAUUAUAGAAACCAACAAUCCAAAUUUGAAAUGAGCACAUACAUAUAAUUAUAUAUAAAUAGUAAAAACUAUAACCCAUGAUUAUGCAUGCCACAUAUUUCCUCUGCUGCCAAAAACCAUUCUCUUUCUCUAUAUUAAAUUCAGACAAAUACUUUCUGCAUUUUUGUAUAUAAAUCCUCCUGACCAAAUUUCUCUCUUCCCACCAUUUCAAUCCAAAAAAAUAUAUAUCUAUCAUUAUUAUCUUCAAUUUGAGGUUUGGUAUAUGGAAAAAUCAGGUACAGAGAUGCGGAGGGUGGUGGUGGUAGGAGGCGGUGUAGCUGGUUCUAUUGUCGCUCAAUCUCUCCAAUUUUGUGCUGACGUCGUUCUUAUCGACCAGAAGGAGUAUUUCGAGAUAGCAUGGGGUACGUCGAGAGCUAUGGUAAUGCCAUCAUUUGCGGAGAGAAUAGUGAUUAAUCACUCUGAUUAUCUUAGAAAUGUGAAGAUUGUGGCAUCAACUGCAGUUGAUGUUACAGAUACGCAAGUUUCCACCGCAGAUGGCCAAUCUCUUCCCUAUGAUUAUCUUGUCAUAGCCACCGGUCACAAAGACUUUUUUCCAAAAACAAGAGAAGAAAGGCUAGGUCAAUAUGAAGCAGAGUAUGAAAAGAUUAAGUCGGCGAAUUCGAUUUUGAUAGUGGGAGGAGGGCCAACAGGGGUAGAACUAGCCGGUGAAAUAGUUUAUGACUUUCCAGAGAAGAAGGUGACAAUGGUGCAUUCUGGGGCAAGGUUACUAGAAUUUGUGGAUUCCAAGGCUUCACAAAAGGCAUUAGAUUGGUUAAUAUCAAAGAAUGUGGAAGUUCUUUUGGGUCAAUCAGUGAAUGUGGAUGGUGUAUCUGAUGGUCAUUUUCAAACCUCUAAGGGAGAAACUAUAAAAGCAGAUCGCCAUUAUGUUUGCACUGGUAAACCAGUGGGUUCAUCUUGGCUAACUGAGACUGUUUUGAAGGAUAGUUUGGGUAUUCAUGGGAGGUUAAUGGUGGAUGAGCAUCUCAGAGUCAGAGGCCAUAAAAAUGUCUUUGGUAUUGGUGAUAUCACAGAUGUUAAGGAGAGGAAGCAUAGGUAUAUAGCACAAAAACAUGCACAAGUGGCAGUGAAGAACUUGAAGGUGUUGUUAGUGGGAGGGAAAGAGAGCAAGAUGGCAAAAUACAAAAACUUUUUAGAAGCCACACUUGUUUCACUUGGGAGAAAAGAAGGUGUAGCUCAAUUUCCAUUUGUGACUAUUAGUGGAUGCAUUCCUGGCAAGAUUAAGUCUGAAGACUUGUUUGUCAGCAAAACUAGGAAACAGCUUGGUCUAAAACCUGAUUGCUAAUCCUACAAUCUCUCUCUCAUUUGGUUUCUUUCUCAAUUCUUUUUAGGCAAUGUAAUUAGUUGGAUUUUUUUUCUCUUACAUGUUAAUUAUAGCAUUUAUAAUGUGUUUUGCUUAAUUGUCAACACUACAUUGAAAACCAAUAAUAUAUAUAUUCCUCGA